AUGUCUUGUCAGGAACUUGACAGUGAUACUAUUCUCGAUUCAACCUCAGCAAAAAAGCGCAACAAUUCUGAAGCAACCGAGUAUCCCCGAAGGCGCGCAACUAUAGCGUACCACCCGGUGCCGUCACAUUUCCUAUCCCCUGGUACUAGCUCUGCUACGAAAACAAGUAAUACUAAUGUGCGUGCGCUGCUACAGUGCCAGAUCUGUCGUCUACGGAAAACGAGAUGUAACGGAGCCCGCCCAAGAUGCCAGCUCUGCGUAGACCUGGAUGCAGAUUGUGUCUAUCGUGAGCCGGGCAUCAAACUAGAUGCCGGUGACAAACUGAUUAUCGAAAAGCUGAACAGAAUAGAAGUCUUACUUCAGUCGAAGUUUGCAGACCCCAUCGGCCAGUCUCCCCUGUCAUCGAAUUCUUCCACGGCUGCCAACCUUGUCCAAAUUAGUAGCGAUGAUGCUGUCAGUCUCGCCAACAUACCUACCAGGACAAUCGCGGUGGGUCUUGGAUCAUGGGCAAAUCCACCGACAAGCAUCUCAACUAUGCCCAGAGUACAUACGACACCGGCUUUGCACCUUCUACAAUGGCCUCUCAUUCGAGAACUGGUCGCUGUUCCUUAUGAUCCUCAUACACUUCUACAGCUAGAAAUGGCUCGUGAGCCACUUCGGCUCGAACCUCCUGUGAGCUUAGAUUUAUCAAACGCACUUACUCACGCUCGACUUUUUUUCGAGCGCGUAAAUGUUUGGUACGCUUGUGUCAACCCAUUGACGUGGCCUCGCUAUUACAAGAUGGCUCUUUCUCGGGACUUCGAGAGAGGGCCUGAAAGCUGCGUUGUACUCUUGGUUUUGGCACUGGGCAGUGCCAGUCAAUAUGGAAGUAUAUCUUGCCUUUCCGCAGAUGAGGAACUUCCAGGACUAUCAUAUUUCUCCGCAGCUUGGACCCUUUUGCCGGCUGUUAUGACGCGCAAUUCGGUGCUUGCAGCGCAAUGUGUCAUCUUGGCAUCUGCAUAUUUAUUUUACAUGGUCAGGCCCCUUGAGGCCUGGACGCUACUAUCAAAUGCCAGCAUGAAAUUACAAUUACUCUUAGGUAACCCCUCUCGUGUUCCGGGGCAAUGGAAGGAGCUGAGUACAAGAGUGUACUGGAACACCUUACUAUUUGAAAGUGAUUUGCUUGCCGAAUUAGACCUACCACACUCGGGGAUUGUGCAUUUUGAAGAGCUCGUCGAUCUCCCUGGGGGCUUUGAACCGGAAGAUGAAGAAGAUGAAGAAGACGAAGGAAGCAUACGAAUUGAAGAGAAACUAGUAGAUGCGAUGAUAGGUCAGGAUGAGCUCUGGUAUUUCUUGGCUGAAAUUGCCCUAAGAAGGCUGCUCAACAGAGUCAGUCAUAUGAUCUACCAAAAAGACAGCAUCUUGACACUCGCAUCUCUCGGUCCUAUCGCCUCAGAGCUAGAUUUCCAGCUGUCUCAAUGGUAUGAAAGCCUUCCUCAGCCUGUCCGGUUUCCUCUAUCUGGGGGCCCAACUUUAAGCCCCAUUCAAACAGUUUUAAGGCUUCGCUACUUUGCCUGCCGUACAAUAAUAUAUCGGCCUUACAUCCUGGCGGUCUUCCAGAAUGAGUAUGCAUGCAGUGACCCGACAGUAAAAGACUGCUGCCUGCGGUGCUUGGACGCGACAUUGAAUCAACUCGAGCAUAUAGACAGACAUCGUGAAGGUCACCUGCCGUACCUCUGGCAAGGUGCCCUUUCCAUGGUCUCUCAGGCGUUGUUAAUCAUGGGGGCAACCAUGUCACCGACUCUCUCAUCGCUGUUGCCUCCAGCGACUCAGCUAGACGGUAUCAUAUCUGGCGUCAUAACGGAGGUUGGCAGAUAUGCGCGGCUUGCACCAAGUCUAAAGUUAUCUGCCGAGAUCAUUCGUGAUGCGGAAAAGAGACGCCAGGUGUCCCUCGCGUCAGCGGCCAGACGAGGUUGA